UGAUUCAUAGCAAAUAAAUAUUCCCCUUUUAACAUCACACUUAAUAAACUGACCAAAUUUCAGUUGAAUCGACUGCCAAUAAUUUGUUGUCCACUAUUUUAAUAUAAAAGCUUCAAACUGGGUAACGACAUGUCUACAUCAUCCAUGGAAAAGCAUCUCUUUAAUCUGAAAUUCGCAGUCAAGGAGCUAGAGCGAAAUUCAAAAAAAUGUGAAAAAGAGGAGAAACUGGAAAAAGCCAAAGCCAAGAAAGCAAUACAGAAAGGCAACAUGGAUGUGGCUCGCAUUCAUGCUGAGAAUGCCAUUCGCCAAAAGAACCAAGCUGUUAAUUAUUUGCGGAUGAGUGCCCGUGUCGAUGCGGUAGCUAGUCGCGUGCAAUCGGCUCUGACUACACGCAAAGUCACCAGCUCUAUGGCCGGUGUGGUGAAAGCAAUGGAUGCUGCCAUGAAAGGCAUGAAUCUGGAGAAAAUCUCAUCACUCAUGGAGAAAUUUGAAUCACAAUUUGAAGAUUUGGAUGUUCAAAGCUCCGUUAUGGAAGGCACUAUGUCCGACACAGUGACUACAUCGGUUCCACAGGGCGAUGUAGACAAUCUGUUGCAGCAAGUCGCCGAUGAGGCAGGCCUCGAACUGAACAUGGAGCUGCCCAGUGGUGUGCAAAGUACAACAAUUGGCGCUUCAACGCAGGUUUCGCAGGAACAGGAUGAGCUCACACAACGCUUGGCACGUCUGCGACAAGCUGAGUAAAAUUCCACCAACACCAACUCACACCUGCUUUUACGAUAGCCAUGCGCGUUGAAUUUCUUUGUUUUAGACUACGAAAUCUUAAAAACUGUAUUAAUAUACUAUUAUAAAAUACGA